AUGACGGCCGACCUCGCUGGACGCUCAGGCUGCAGGUCCCUGGGCAUCUCGCGGCUGGUCGGCCCUGCCUCCCAGGCCGCAGCGCUGACCGGGGCCCCGUCCCGCGAGGCAGAGCACCGGCUGCAGGGGCCGCGGGCGCUGGCCGGCCCCUUCCCGCACAGCCCUGGCCGGCGGCCUGCGGGGCCCUCGCUCCUUGAUGGGGCUUCAUGGGCAGCUGCAGUGAGGGCAGAGCCGGUCUCCGUGAGCACGGGACGCCUGGGCUUGCCGAGGGUCUCAAAAUGCCCCGUGGGGCACAGCGCGGGCUCUGCAGUGGGCGGCCCCCGAGCGCCACGUCCCUGGGCCUUGCAGGGCAGCGACCUGGCCUUCCCCGGGCCGCGCUGUGCCGCGCGCCUGGCACCGCGGCCAGGGCGGCGCGGCCCCACCCAGCCGGCGGGCUCCCAGGAACGCCCUCUCUGCCCGCAGGUCAAAAAGGCCUUCUUCGCCUUGGUGGCCAACGGCGUCCGAGCAGCGCCGCUGUGGGAGAGCAAAAAGCAGAGUUUUGUGGGAAUGCUAACAAUUACAGAUUUCAUAAAUAUACUACACAGAUACUAUAAGUCACCCAUGGUAAGUCUAUUGUUACUAAUUGCAUGUUUUCUUUCUAUAAAUACAGAGCUUUAUUUACAAGAAACAUUUAAGCCCUUAGUGAAUAUAUCUCCAGAUGCAAGCCUCUUCGAUGCGGUGCACUCGCUGAUCAAAAACAAAAUCCACAGAUUGCCGGUCAUCGACCCCCUCAGUGGGAACGCACUUUACAUACUCACCCACAAAAGGAUCCUCAAGUUCCUCCAGCUCUUCGUAAGUAGCCGCCCGUGUCCUGCAGCCCCGUCUCAGGUAGCGCGCUUCCUCAGGGCGCUGUCGGCCGCGGGGUCUCGGUCGCUCAAGCGCGGCUCGCCGCUCGCGGCUCUCGGUGUGGUGCCAGUGAGGGUGGGCGCUGCCCGCAGCCGCUCGGGGAUUCCUGAUUUAAACUGGGGUCUUCUCCCCCGUCUACGAGGAGAGGGGAGGCCGUUUGCAUUCCGCCUCAGGACUCGUUACCCGAGAAGAGAGCCGCGGCUGGAGACGGGGCUCUGGUGUGUGUCCGAGGAGGCCGCCUCUCCCGUGCUGCCCCCGGCAGGUCCGGGCCGCUGGGUGACUGUGUUGCAGAAUCUUGCUGCUGAAAAAACGUACAACAACCUGGACAUCACGGUGACCCAGGCCCUGCAGCACCGCUCCCAGUACUUCGAGGGCGUGGUGAAGUGCAGCAAGCUGGAGGUCCUGGAGACCAUCGUGGACAGGAUCGUGAGGGCCGAGGUCCAUCGGCUGGUGGUGGUGAAUGAAGCAGACAGUAUCGUGGGUAUUAUCUCGCUGUCGGACAUCCUGCAAGCCCUGAUCCUCACGCCUGCAGGCGCCAAACAGAAGCAGCCAGAAGCCGAAUGACCACGAGCAGGGCGACGCCUCCUGGACCUGAACGGGGACCCUGGGUCACGCUUUGACCACGUGGACCACGAGAGGAGAGGGAGGUGGCUGAGGACGCGGUCGGGGUUGGCGAGGGGUGUUUUUCCCAGAGCAGUUGAAACUCAAAGCAAGACUUCUGUGUGUUUGGACGUUCGGGCUUGCAUCGAAGGGUGGUUGUCUGACCUCCGCAGCGUUUCCGACGCUGUCUGCUGUCAGAGUGCCCCUGUCUGGAACUUCUGUUGUUUUCCAUUUCAAAGAACCCCCUGGUGUGUGGCGGCCCCGGGACAUAAGGUGAGCGUGUGGCUUUCAGACCUAGUGCCUUAUGUCGGGACACAGCGCCCGCAGCCGGCCAGCUGGUCCCCGUAAGGUGCGUCCAAAAGUUGUCGUUGAACAUAAAUAAUCGCUCAAACCUUCCAUGGCCGUUCUGUGUUAAGUGUUCCGUUCUGAACUCGAGUGUAAACAAAACUGCUUUCCGACAGCUUUAUUUAUUUUUACUUCCAUGCAGUUUUUUACACAUCUUUUCGUGGGUGAGGCUGCACCAGACCCAUGAAUAAACCAUUGGUUGU